CUGACUGCAAAAGACCUCGAUAGUGGUGUCUUCGGUCAGAUCACUUAUUCUCUAACGGAACCCGACCACACCUGGUCUCUCGCCCCUGAGCUAUCGAAUUCCCCAACGCUAACAGCCACAAUAGUAGAUCAAUCGCCACCUGAUUUGACAUCAAAUCAUUCCUUGUCCUAUGGGAUGUCUACAACCGGUAACACUGCUAUCGCCUUCAAUAGCAAUGCUACACAUCCACUGCCAUUGGCUGAAGCUGCUCGCUUAUUCUCGAUCGACUCUCAAACUGGUCGACUGGGGUUGCGUUUUUCGCCUGAUCGAGAGGCCAUGCCCGAGUACUGGUUGGCUGUGGAGGCGAAGGAUGGGGGUGAACAGACUGGUGUUAGCGAACACGUCCUGGGAGAUGCCAGUUCGAGUCUGACCAGCAAGACCCGAGUCCGCGUGCUGGUGCGGGAUACAAAUGACAUGAAGCCACUUUUCCAGCGACCUUCAUAUGAAUUUGUCCUAGAGCAAAUCCCAGUUGGCUCGGCUCCUUCUUAA